UUCUGGUCGCGCAACGCGCAGUCAGUACCGGUCCACCGACCGAUUUGGAGGGCACAUUUGAACGUUCCUCGAAAAAAAAGACGAUCGGAGAAAGGACAACAACUCUGCGCAAAGAAACCAUUCGGCUAAGGUGAAUAAGCUCCAGAGAUGAGGACGAAGCUGAAGCUCCUCUUGUUCGCCUUGGUGGUGCUCUCCAUGCUGGCCGAUGUUUCUGCUAAACGGCGAGCAGGAAGACCCCGUCGUCGCACGACCACGACGGAAGCCAGCGUUCAAGAUGAGGUCAUGAACAUGCUUGAGGCUGACGAAAUAGCCGAACAGACGUCGGAGGAGGCUGAGGUCGCCGCCGAAGAUGGCAGAAACGAGGUUGGAUCGAAGCGUCAGAGUUUGCUCCGUAUGGAUCCGUGCAUGAAUAAACACUGCAGCGCAGGACGAGUUUGCAAGGCCAUCGACGAGGAGACCGCCGAGUGUGUCUGCGUGGAGGUAUGCGGCGAAGAGGUCGACCCCAGACGAAAGGUCUGCACCAAUUACAACGAGACGUUCAGCAGCGACUGUGAAGUCUACCAGCAACGUUGUUUCUGCGACACCAACGACGACAGGUGCAAGGGCCCCGAUUACCAGCAUGUCCACAUCGAGUACUACGGCCAAUGUCGUCAGAUGCCUAUGUGUAAAGAGGAAGAAAUGGCAGAUUUCCCAAGGCGUAUGCGCGAUUGGCUGUUCAACAUCAUGAGGGACCUGGCCGACCGUCAAGAGUUGCCAUCGCAUUAUCUGAAGAUGCAGCGGGAAGCGGAAACUAAUCACACAUUACGUUGGAGCAACGCGGCAAUUUGGAAGUGGUGCGACUUGGAUGGCCACCCCCAUGACAAAGCCGUUUCCAGACACGAACUUUUCCCCAUCAGAGCGCCGUUAAUGGCCCUGGAACACUGCAUCGGGCCGUUCCUCGACUCUUGCGAUAUUAAUAACGAUCACGAAAUUACCCUUACCGAAUGGGGCAAAUGCCUGCAACUCGAGGAGGAGGAUCUGGACGAGAAGUGCGACGAAUUGGCCGAAGCGACAAACCCCGACCAAUAAUACCAGACGAUACGCGUGGAGAAAAAAAGAGUGGGGGAAAAAUGGCGGGAAAAGUUGCACGUCUGCGCACGAACAGUGCGCAUGUCUGCGCAGAGACUCGUCGAUAUUGCAACCCGAACGUGAUGGCCGUGCCAACUGCAGUUUUAGACAGUGCUCUCUAGUAAAGUAUAGAUAUGGACGGCCUGCUGCAACUCAGGCUUCCGUUAGUUAAAAGAGAAUAUGCGGAAAAUGUUCCACUAUCUGCCUCUUUCUUUAUGCAGCGAGAUAAAAGCUUCCGGCUGCUUGGACUUUUUCAGCCUUACAAACUUCUUUAAAUUCUCCCAGAUUUAUAUCUCGACUUGAAUCCUCUUAGAGCUUUUCCUGAAUCCUCUCGAGACUUUUUUACAUUCUAGAGUCCAGGGUUUUAGAUUCUAUCGGGAAUCUAUAAAAAUUCUUUUAGAAUUCUCUUAAGGCUACCAGGGUUCUCCUUAAGUCUCCAUCUAGUCCCUGGAUUUUGCUAGGACUCUUAGGCUCUUUCAGAAUUUUAAAUUUUCAAAAUCUCUAGGCACUCUUGAGUUGUCCUCAGGUUCUCCUUCCAGUCCUCAGGUUCUCUUCACUUUUCCUUGGGAUCUCCCUAAGCUAGGAUCUCCUCCUUGCAUAUUCAUCCUUAACUAAAUGAAGCCUAAGUUGCACCGUGUGUACAUUAGAGACAGUUUCAUACUUUUUUAUUAGUUAUAUUACAACAUGAUUUCAAAUAGAGCUGCCCAUUUCCCGUCCUAUAGUCUUGACAUUCUCUUAGCAACAACGUAUUAUAUAUAAAUACAAUAUACAUGCAGAGGCGCACGCGUGCACAACGUGUACGUAUAUAUACGUCUUUUGUAUAAAUUUAUUAUGACUGCCUUUUUAUCAAUAAAGAGUGAUACAGUUUCUUUCA